UUGUGGGAGCGGAAGGCCGGCUCCUGCCCGCUUCCCCGCCCGCCUGUGCUCCUGCCUUCCUCUCCGCCCCGUCUUCCCCUCCCCUUCCCCUCCCCCGCGCGCGUCCUCCGGCCAAGAUGUCCGACAUGGAGGAUGAUUUCAUGUGCGACGACGAGGAGGACUACGACCUGGAAUAUUCUGAAGACAGUAAUUCUGAGCCGAAUGUAGAUUUGGAGAAUCAAUACUAUAAUUCUAAAGCCCUCAAGGAAGAUGACCCUAAAGCAGCACUAAGCAGUUUUCAGAAGGUUUUGGAACUUGAAGGUGAAAAAGGAGAAUGGGGAUUCAAAGCAUUAAAACAGAUGAUAAAAAUAAACUUCAAAUUGACUAACUUUCCUGAAAUGAUGAACAGAUAUAAACAACUAUUGACCUACAUACGGAGUGCAGUUACAAGGAAUUAUUCUGAAAAAUCCAUCAAUUCUAUUCUUGAUUAUAUAUCCACUUCCAAGCAGAAUUCUGAUUUUUUAUGCCAGAUGGAUUUGCUUCAGGAAUUUUAUGAAACUACACUUGACGCUCUAAAAGAUGCUAAGAAUGAUAGAUUGUGGUUUAAGACAAACACAAAGCUUGGCAAAUUAUAUUUAGAACGAGAAGAGUAUGGAAAACUACAGAAAAUUUUACGUCAGCUCCAUCAGUCAUGUCAGACGGACGAUGGAGAAGAUGACCUCAAAAAGGGUACCCAGUUAUUGGAAAUCUAUGCUUUGGAAAUUCAAAUGUAUACAGCACAGAAAAAUAACAAAAAACUUAAAGCACUAUAUGAGCAGUCAUUGCACAUCAAGUCUGCCAUUCCUCAUCCACUGAUCAUGGGGGUCAUCAGAGAAUGUGGUGGUAAAAUGCACCUAAGAGAAGGCGAGUUUGAAAAGGCUCAUACUGAUUUCUUUGAAGCAUUUAAGAAUUAUGAUGAAUCAGGAAGUCCAAGGAGAACGACAUGCUUAAAAUAUUUGGUCUUAGCAAACAUGCUGAUGAAGUCUGGAAUAAAUCCAUUUGACUCCCAGGAGGCAAAACCAUACAAAAAUGAUCCAGAGAUUCUAGCAAUGACAAACCUAGUAAGUGCCUAUCAGAAUAAUGACAUCACUGAAUUUGAGAAGAUUCUAAAAACAAAUCACAGUAACAUCAUGGACGAUCCCUUCAUAAGGGAACACAUUGAAGAACUUUUGCGAAACAUCAGAACACAAGUGCUUAUAAAAUUAAUUAAGCCUUACACAAGAAUACAUAUUCCUUUUAUUUCUAAGGAGUUAAACAUAGAUGUAGCUGAUGUGGAAAGCUUGCUUGUGCAGUGUAUACUCGAUAACACUAUUCAUGGCCGAAUCGAUCAAGUCAAUCAACUCCUGGAGCUAGAUCAUCAGAAGAGGGGUGGAGCACGGUAUACUGCGUUAGAUAAAUGGACCAACCAACUAAAUUCUCUCAACCAGGCGGUAGUCAGCAAGCUGGCUUAACGACAAACAGGCUAUUUCAAAAUGUACUUAAUACAACAGCGCAGUGAUGUAAACCUUAAAAACUGGGAAUGGCAAAACCUACUGUCGGUUGGUGUGCCCUGAAAUUAUUGGAGUUAAUGGCAGAAGUGCUUUUUUGAUCAGCUGGUUUGUGUUUUGCUGCUGCAUUUAUCCCAAGAAAAAAAACAGCUUUAAUCUCCAGAAGAAAACCAAAAUGCCAUGGGAUUUAUGCUGUGUUUGACAUCUUGCCCUCACCAUGCAACACCCUCAUAGUAUGUCAAGGGGCAACUAAUGACGAGAGAGAGAAGGUUUUGUUUGUCAUGAUUUUAAAUACACUGACACGUUCCUGUUGGUUUAAAUUUAAACAUAUUUUACCUGCAGAAAAAAGAUCUCUCACACAGAAAAAAAUAACCUGCAAUAACUUGAAAUGCAUACCCUUUUGAACACUUCCUUUUUCUCAUGUAUAAACUGAAAUGUUUGCUGCAUUUUGCAAAAUGUCAAUUCUCCAAAAAUGUGUCCGUAUAUUUCUGUACCUGCAGUGUAGUAAAGGUUUAGAAGAAACCCCGUAAUUAUGGUGGCAUACUGUCACUUAGGUUUCAAGCAGCAAAAAUAAACAGUGCAGUUCAGAAAUAGUA